CCAUGGUGUGUUACUCAUCCAUGGUGUGACCCAAUUUCAUCCAUACAGGUUGCAAGAAUCAUAAACCUAUUGGACAAAUGCAUGGCAGAGGCUCCUCCAUUUCUAUCUUCUUGGUUCCCCUUACUUGCCUCAUUCACAAUCACACCCUCCUUUCCCUGUACAUGGACCAAAUGGAACAACCCUAUCUUCAGGAGUAUGACAGCCUCUUGGAUAAAAUGUGCAGAACCAGUCGGAGAUAUGAAAGACGUUCCAGAACACAACUUAGGUCCCAGCCUAAAUACGUUAAUCAAAAAGGAUGUUAACGGCCUGGGUUUGGUCCUGAUCGAACAUGGAUCCUUUCUGCAGAUUGUUAGUAUUAUUGGGAACAAUUCCGGAGGCAGCAGUAGAGCAGCAAACCUAAAGCCAGGAGACAUCCUGGUUAAAAUCGGCAGCAAAAAUGUCCUGGGCCACAAUCUGCGGGAAUUGCGCCGCCUAGUGGGCGAAAUUCCAAUGGGAACUCAGCUGCAACUUACUGUGUACAGAAAUUAUAAAGACCUCCCAGAUACCUGGAAAACACAGCCAAUGACUACACAUUCAAACGAGAGCAUUCAAUUCAGCAAUGAGGAAGAAGACUGGUCAAGCAGCAGUGAUGAAGAGGACAAUGAUGAACACACUAAAGUAAAGUUCAAGAACUUUAAGCCCCUUUCCUUAUUUUGGCAUGACAAAGGUAUAUACAUCCCACCCAUCUCCAGAGCAUGGCAUGCACCAAAAAAGAAUCGGAAUGUACUCCUGGUUGGCCCCCAUGUUGGCUGUGACAUAGUGCUGCACCAGGCUUUUGACGAUUAUGUCAUUUCCAAUGAUGAUGAGGAGGUCAUCCCUAAUCUUCACCCGCUGUGGUCUGCAGAGUCAGAUACCACAAGCUCCACAUCGUCCUCUUCAUCGUCCACAGACUUGGACUGGAUUCAAACUUCGAGCUCCAUUGGUGGCAAGAAUCCUUUGGAUAAUUUACCCCAACAGGGUCCCAUUCCACAUCCAAAACAGCUAGGGGGGGAGGAGCAGGGUGAGAAGAUAGACACCACUGAAUCUACAACCAUUACCACUACCCUAGAGAGUACUGUUAGCCCCAGGUCUGAAUCCCCGUCACAGAAUUCCAAAAGUGGAUCCUUGAACACUUUCACACAAUCCAACGACACAGACUCAGAAACUUCUACCUCAACAGAAGAUCAGAUGACAGGAUCUUCCAGUUCGGACACAAUCAUUGACAACGCUCACCAACAAAGAGAAUAUUCUAUUUCAAGAUGGCUAAAUAGCACUUUCUCUAAAGACAGAAUUUAUAGCACAAAAAUUGGUCUAAAGUGACCAUGCUCCAUAGAGACCACCUCCAAUUCCUCUUUAUCUAAUCCUGUCAAUAUAUUCUUCUAAUCCUUUCUUCAUGUUUAUUUAAUAUCCCUUUAAAUGUAUCUAUGCCGUUUGCCUAAUAGUAGCAAGUUCCAAUUUCUUUAAAUUCUCUGGCUGAAAAGGUUUCAUCCAAAUUUCUUAGAUUUAUUAGUGACUCUCCUAUUUAUUGUCUUUAGUUCUAGUCUCCCCCACAAGUUGAAAGAUUUUCUCUCAAGGUUACUCUCAGCCUUCUUUUCCUAGCCCAUUCAAAACUAAUGGUUCCAACCUUUCAAGUUCCAGUAUCACCUUUUUGCAUCUUCUCGAAAUCAUUUUUGUAACUUGGAAACAAAAACUGUGCAAAACGUGGUCUAAAAAAAGUUUCUAUGUGACUGCAAAAUAGUUUCACUGCAUUUGAAUUCUAUUCCUUCAGAAAUGAACCCAACUGCUUUGUUGAAUUUUUAUGGCCUUGUUAACCUUUCCAUUUGCUUCCAGCAUGGAUUAUGGUCAACUUUCUGUUGGAAGCAGGGUGACUUUUUUUUUUAGCAGAAUGCAGGCAAUUGCACCAAGCAGAUAAGAACCUUGCCCACAUGACAGCCAGAAGCAUACCCCUUCACCAGCAUAUGGUGCUAGUGCUUGCAUCAAGUUUAAAGAAUGAGUUGUAUUCAGCACAAGGCAGGAUAUACAGUUAAGCAAGGGAAUUCUUAGUUUGUUGACAGAAAAAAAAAGUUGCACAGGGAAGUGUCAGUACUACCAUACAAAGAUUCUUCAAAUAUUAAAAUUCAGAAGUUUCUUUCCUCCUGUGAACAAUUGGUAUGUGAAUAAAGAAUGAUGAGCCUGUUCAAGGGCCACGAUAUAUUUUAUUAAUAGUUACAAUGCCAAUACAGCUCUAAUAGGUGGGUCAUUUAAAAGAAUAAAUUUACAAUUCAUCAAGGAAAGGUGUGUUAGACAAAUUGCCACUGGCCGCCAUGGACUUCUUACCAGAAACAAACUUCUUUGCAGCCUGUAAAGCAAAGAGAGAACGUAUUAGGCUCUAGUGGCUGAAAUAUGACAUCACAAGUCUCUGGGCAAGGUCCUCCCUCUGGAAUAAGUCACUUAAAUAACAAUUUCAAAAUCCAAUGUCAACUAUAUUUCCAAAUUUGAGAUCUAGCUGGCCAGUUGAGGGUGUUUUGCUUUUUUUUUUUACAGGUACCAUGUAUGUGCAAGUUGUUAUUGAAUGAGUUAAAUAUUUCCUUUCUUUUGCCUGCUAUCAGAGUGACAGUUUGAGGUAUGAAUACCUACAGCACUCCCCAGUGCCCACAGUGACCCUGCUCCCCAAUACCCACUGUUCAAACUGUGGAGUGCAGGACAGAAGUUGAACUGCAACCCCCUGCUAGAGUAAAGUACCGUUAGACACCACAUACAUUUAUAAUCCCCAUAGAGACCAAUCACUUUUAAAAGAAAGGAAUUCUCACAACAGCAUUAGAAAGAAAACUGAUGUUGACAAAAAUGUCAUUUAAUUUUUUUCUGUAACAAGCCAACUAAAAACAUAAUUCAAACAUUAACUAAUAUUUUUAAAAAGAGGAGUUGCAUUUUAAAUACAUAAUACAAAGAUAUGUCUCAAGCAUUCCUAUUAUUUCUUGUAUAAACAUCGCAUUGCAUGCAGUCUCAAUCUUUCCAACUCAGCCUGUGUGAUGCAGGAUCUUUCAGUUCCCAGUCAACUGAUUUAAGCCUUGAGUCACAGCAGCUAUUUAUUUUUCCCCAUCUAAAGACUCUGCAUACAGUGAACACCGACAAGGUGUAUUAUAUCUGGAAACCCACUCUGGGGUCACUGGCAUCUCGAUGGUACAUAAUCCCAGAGACUUCUUUUUACAACCCCUUCAAACAGUCUGGUAGGCUCUGGUGACAUGAAAGAGCUGCAAUGGCCGAAUUCACCAUCCCUUGCUCUUCCUAUCUUUAGUUCUCUAUCCUUUCUAACACAACAAUAGUCUUCACUCUGUUCUCAGGGAUCUGGUUCAACACAAGGAUCUGUUCUGAACUGCCAAACAGAAAUCCAAUUGUAGAGAACCUUGCUUGCUUCCACUAUCGCCAAUUGUGGGUAUUCCGAGCUAUGUAUAAUCAAAACCAUGCCGAAACAUGGCACCACUACAAUUAAAUUUCUAUUUAGCCGUUGCUUCUUAGUUUUUCAUCUCAUGGCAUCCUCAGGUCACAUGGGCAUUUCUUGGAAUAUAAUGAUAAUCAUAGUCAAGAGGCUAAUUACCCCUCUUUGAGAAUGUUCACCUCAGUCUCAAAGGAGACAUCACAUGAAAAUAAAAUACAGGCUUUUCCCAAAGCACAUGAGCCAACACAGUACAUACUAAUCCAGCUACCUCAAAGCAUAAGAGGAUGACUGAGUAGCUCUG